AACCCAAAGAUUGAUCCUCCUAUUGCCGGACCUUUGAUGACAAAAAAAAAUCCCCUCCUUGAAAUGAUCGAAAGUACAAAACAUCAUUGGACUCAUCAAUUGAUUGAAUUUUAUGAUUUCAAGUGAAUAAGAGAGAAUUUGUCGAUCCCGAUGGUACAAAGGACGGUCUUGAAGGUCCAUCUCUCAUGCGGCAAAUGCAAGAAGAAGCUCCUCAAAGCUGUUUCCCAUCUUGAAGGAGUAGACAAAAUCGAAGUUGAUGCUGCUAACGAAACCUUAGCGGUAACUGGCAAUGUGGACCCAUACGAAGUGAUACUUAGAGCAAGGAAGGCAGGUAAAUAUGCAGAAGUGGUGAGCAUCGGGCCGCCUCCUCCCCCACCAAAGCCGGAUGCCCAGAAGAAGCCCGAUGAGAAGAAGAAACCCGACGAGAAGAAGUCUGAGCCCAAGGCCAGCCAUGUCCACAACCCAUACUCUUGCCCGAUCUGCGAGCGAAUGGCAAUCGUCCCAAUUGUCCGAUGGGAUGAGCCCACCAACCCAUCUUGCUCGAUCAUGUGAAUGUUUCACCUACUAAGACUUUCGCAUUAUACAUAUGCAAGGCCAUGUGUUAUAUGAGUUUCGUGCAAGGGAGGUACUGGAUUAAUUACUUUUUUUUUUCUUUUUUUCUUUUUUCUAUUAAACUAUAAUUAGAAAACUCAUAUCAUCUAGUUUUUUUUUUAAAUUAUUAUUAUUGACACUCCUUAUUUUUUUUGGUCAGAAUUGGUCAUGGGCCUCAUUGCUCUAUGUAAACGGGCUUUUCCAGUCCCAAACUUUAAUAAGUGACUUAAUGAGUUUUUGCCUGAUACGUUAUAUAUGUU